UACAAGCUACGCCUCCCUUUUUGCAAGCUGCUAGCCACACGUGGCCGGGUAAAGAAGAGAUGGCAGAAGCUAAGAAGGAUCGAAAGGAUAGAAAACCUUCUACCAAAGCACGAAAAGGUUUUAAAAGAGGAGAAUCACAGUGGAAAAUAGAGCUCAAGGAAAUCCAAACAGUUUCAAGCAAAUACGACACUCUCAAUGAACUGAACAUUACUAAAUUUACUGAUCUUCCCCUCUCCAAGAGAACACUGAACGGACUUCGAGACUCUGGCUAUUCUGUACCCACUGAGAUUCAGGCUGCGGCUAUUCCACUCCUUUUGAAAGGCAGCGAUGUUCUAGGAGCAGCUAAAACAGGGUCUGGGAAGACGCUAGCGUUCUUGAUUCCCCUCCUUGAGUUACUCUGGCGAGAACGAUGGACUGCGGAUGAUGGAAUUGGAGCACUUGUGAUCUCUCCCACUAGAGAACUAGCCUACCAAACAUUUGAAGUUCUACGAUCGAUUGGCUCACAUCACGAUUUUUCUGCCGGCUUAGUGAUUGGUGGAAAAGACGUUGGCACAGAACGCUCUCGAAUACAGCGUACCAACAUUGUAGUGUGCACGCCAGGGAGGCUCCUUCAGCACAUGGACGAAACUGUCAGCUUUGACUGCUCCUCACUCAAAAUGCUCGUCUUGGAUGAAGCCGAUCGGAUUCUGGAUCUAGGUUUUCAGCACACAAUGAAUGCUGUUAUUGAGAACUUGCCUGUGGAAAGACAAACAAUGUUAUUCUCAGCAACUCAGACGAAAUCUGUUCAAGACCUCGCUCGAUUGAGCCUCACUAACCCUGAGUAUGUUGCCGUUCAUGAGAACUCUAAAACUAGCACUCCACAGCAACUGACACAGAGCUAUAUCACAUGUGAGCUACACGAGAAGUUGGGAGUGCUCUAUUCCUUCAUUCGAAGCCACACUUCCUCCAAAAUGAUUGUCUUCAUGUCUUCGUGCAAGCAAGUCAAAUACGUAUACGAAGCUUUUCGUCGGCUGAGACCUGGUAUUCCACUACUGUCCUUGUAUGGCAAACAGAAACAGUUGAUGCGAGUGGGAAUCUACAAUGACUUUUGCAAGAAGAAAUCGGCUGUACUGUUGUGUACUGACAUAGCUGCUAGAGGAUUGGAUUUCCCUGCUGUGAGUUGGGUUGUGCAACUGGACUGCCCGGAGGAUGCUAAUACGUACAUUCAUCGUGUAGGAAGAACAGCCCGCUACGAGAAAGAUGGAAAUGCCCUCCUGAUACUAGUGCCCUCUGAGGUCGAUGGUAUGCUAGAAGCUCUGGAACUGAAAAAAAUUCCGAUAGACGAGAUUCGUGUCAACCCCAAGAAGAUGGUGUCAAUUCAACCAAAAUUAGAAGCAUUUUGCGCUCAAGAUUCUGAAAUAAAGCACUGGGCUCAGCGUAGUUUCAUUUGUUAUCUUCGUUCAGUUCAUCUUCAGUCAAACAAAAAAGUGUUUGAUGUUCACAAGCUUCCUGCUGAUGACUAUGCCAGAUCCCUGGGACUGGCUCAGCCGCCACGGAUUCGAUUUCUACAGAAGUUACAAAAAAAGAGAAGUGGAGCUGUUGACAUUACAACUGCAGAAGUGUCUGACGAAGAGAGUGACUCUGAUAGUGAGCUUGAGGGAGCCGAGGAGUUUCUGAGAGUAAAGAGAAUAAUUCAUCCCCAUGAAAUAGACGAAACAGUGCAAAGCUUGCAAGAAAAACCCAAGGCAUCUAAAGCCCCAUCCAAAGUUGCUGCAGCAAAGAAAAUUUUGAACAAGAAAAUCAAAAUCAGCUCCCACGUCAAAUUUGAACAGGAUAACACUUCAGCCAGCCAUGAUGACCAAGUCCCUACUCACACACACUCUAUAGCUCCGAUUCCAAUCGAUGAAUGCAAGGACACAGAUGAGAUAGGCGGUAUUGAACUUGAGAGCGCCCAAAAGACGCUCAAAGUCCAAGAUAAACUGGAUCGCAAAAGAGAAAGAGAAAGAAUACGAGCUGCUCACCAGGAAAGACGUAGGAAGAAUCGUUCAUCAGUGAAAAAUCAGUCGAGUGGAGUUGCCACUUUGGCGGAACAUUCAGAAGAUGAUGAAAGUGACAAUGACUCUAAGCCGUCAGCCAAACGGGCGAGGUGGGACACCACUGACGAGCAGCUGGGUGUGGAGAGAACACAGGCUGGACUUGAUGAUGAUGAGGAACUAGCAUUGCAUCUUCUCAUGCAUUGAUUGUGUUUAUUUAUGAAGACUGAUUAGUUACUUGUUAUGUAUUUAAUUAAUACUGUAAUUAUGAAUCUUUAUUUGCAAAUGCCAUUUAUGAGGUUG